AUGAGAAAUAUCAAAGUUCUCGUGAGAAUUAGGAUUCCCCCUACCCCCAUGUCAUGUGAACAAUCAGUGGUUCUCGCAAUACUACAGGAGAAUGAAGAAUCAAGUGAAGUUGAGGAGAAAAAUCAUGUCAAAACUGGAGGAAAACUUUUGAGUUGCUCUCAAACCAAACAGAAAGAUUUAAAGAAAAGAAGAGCCAAGAAAUCUUUCACCUGCACUCAGUGUGGAAAGAGAUGCACACACAAAGCAAGUUUUGAGUGUCACAUGAGAGUUCAUACUGGAGAGAAACCGUUCACUUGUGAUCAGUGCGGGAAGAGUUUCACACAAUCAUCAAACCUUAAGAGCCACAUGAACAUCCACACUGGAGAGAAACCACACGCAUGUGAUCAAUGCGGUAAAAUGUUUUUAUUGGCUUCACUUCUGAAGAAACACUUGAAAGUUCAUGCAAAGGAGAAGCCACAUUCAUGUCAUUUGUGUGGUAAGAGUUUUUCGCGUCUAGACAGUUUGAAAGAACAUCAGAAAAUACAUACUGGUGUGAGAGAGUACAUGUGCUUUGAGUGUGAAAAGACCUUUACUUCAGCUAAACAGUUGAAAACACAUGAGAGGAUUCACACUGGAGAAAAACCUUAUAAGUGUUUACACUGUGACAAGAGAUUCAUUAAUUCAUCAAAUCAGAAAACACAUGAGAGGAUCCACACUGGAGAGAAACCUUAUAAGUGUUUACACUGUGACAAGAGAUUUAGUCAUUCAACGUAUCUGAAACCACAUGAGAGGAUCCACACUGGAGAGAAACCUUAUAAGUGUUCACACUGUGACAAGAGAUUCCGUGAUUCAGCAACUCUGAAAACACACGAGAGGAUCCAUACUGGAGAUAAACCUUAUAAGUGUUCACACUGCAAUAAGAGAUUCAGUCAGUCAGCAAAUCUGAAAACACAUGAGAGGGUCCACACUGGAGAUAAACCUUAUAAGUGUUCACACUGCAAUAAGAGAUUCAGUCAGUCAGCAAAUCUGAAAACACAUGAGAGGGUCCACACUGGAGAGUAACCAUAUCACUGCAUUGCAUGUGGGAAGCGUUUCAUUCAGUCAUCUGUUAUACACAGUCAUACAAAAAACAAUCACAGUAAGGCCCCGUACACACAGAGACGCAUUUAGCUGUAUAUGUAAAUAUUUUGUAUCGUAUCAGCCUUUCGUCCAGAUGGAUCCGGCGUUUUGGGAGCCUCAAACUGCAAUUUUUUUUAACCGGGUCCCAGAGUGGAUAAAUCUGAAAAUGACACAUUUGCGUGUGUAUAGCCAAUCCGUAUAUUUUGUGAAACAAUAAUGUCAUCACCCCACGUCUUUACCCCAGUCAGACACCGCUACCUCAUGUAACAACAACAAUGGCGGACUACAUGUUUGUGUUCAUGCUGCAGAAGCUAUUGAGCCUAUUAGUUUUACUAAACUUACUAGUAGAGC